AUGUUCGAGCGAUGGGGGAUUUUGGCUAAUGAUCAAUGGAAUAUCAGCGGUGAAUUAUGCAUCGGCGUCGCAAUUGAUAACGACACCCCUAUCCAGAACUUCAAUCCGGGGAUCAAAUAUGACUGCUCUUACAGAAAUGCCACCACUUGCCACAUUAUUGCUCUGAGAGUAUAUGCAUUAAAUGUUGUGAGUCCAAUCCCGGAUGAGCUCUGGAAUUUAACCUUCCUCACCGAUGUAAAUUUGGCCAAAAAUUAUUUGACAGGUCCCCUGCCUCCAUCCAUAGGCGACCUCGUUCGUAUGCAAUAUCUGACUCAGAGUUCACAGCUGCCAGUUCAGUGGUUCAGGUCUCUGAGAUAUAAUCGAAGGCUUGGUGUGUAUACACCUCCAGUGCAGCACAAAACAUCUUUUCUGAGGGUUAGCGAUAUUGCUGACGUUGGCAGCAUCGUUUGCAUAAAUGAAUGUCCUACUGGAACCUCGUUCGAUACGAGACAUACCUAG